AACUGCGAACAAGUAAAGUUGUUUAAAUUUAAAAAGCGCUUCAAGAAAAAAACGUUUGUAACAGAUAAAAAACGGUUGAAAGUUUAAAAUUACAAAAAAAAUAUACAAAUUUUGAAAAGUUGCCAAUAAUACCAAAUUCGAAAAGUUUGAAUAAAAAUAUUGAAUGAAAUUAUAAACAAAACGUGUUAAGGCAAAAAAUAAAUGUUAUCAUGCAUUAUCCUCCCAAAUUAGUGCCACCUCUAGACAUAAGUUUAACAUUAUGCCUCCUUGUUGUGAUGCCCUGGUUGGCCACUUCACUACCCACAGUGCCACAAAGUUUACAGGGAAAUUUAAUACAAAAUUUGGAUAAAAUGUACUUUCAACCGCCCGCCUUAGAGGAAACCAUACAUGAAGUGCAAAAGAUUUUGAAUCAGGAUCCCUCACUACCCAGAUUGACCAGAGGUGAAAUUGAGGAACUGUAUGAGAAAGUUACACGAGAGGAAUAUGAGAAAAGUGUUAAGGCUGGCGAUAAAGUAAGAGCCGAUAGCAUGAGAGCCUUAAUGUUGGUCUUGCCCUAUAAUACCGAUAACAAUACCGAGGAGAAUCUGCAGGAACUUUUUACACGUCCCCCUGUCACCAAAGUGGUGGAUUCCUAUAGCUCACACCAGCCCAUACAAUUUCUUACCCCCUCUAUGAAUAAUGAGGGAAAAAUUGUGCCCAAGAUAGUGGGUCAAAUGGAUGCUACCACCUAUAAACCCUCAUUUCCGGUUAAGUCGCGGACAAUGCCUUUGAAUCCUACAACUUAUCAUCCCCCCAAUCCUCCUUCGGUUUUAUAUCGCAUGACUCCAGCAGUAAGUGAGCCCAACUAUGUACCCUUUAAACCCAUAACUAGCGAUUUACCCCCGAUUUAUGAAUUAAAUCAAAAACCUCAGCGUUUCAGCAGUCAUUAUAGUGCUAAAAACGCUGAGUUUCUUAAGGUGGGCACGGAGAAAAAGAAACAUCAUUCCUUACGUUCCACUACCAAACCGGUUGCGGAUGUUUUGGAAAGUUUGGGCAUAGUAAUGGGCACCACACAAACUAGAAGUCGUGUGGGUAUGGAAGAUUUCUAUGCAGCAGAAAGUGCUCCCAAACCUUCCGUAGUAAGUGUGGCUGAUUUAAAGGGUUUGGGUCCCCAAAUUCGACCGGAUGCCUAUUCCAUGUUUAAGCCUUUGAAUAUAGGCGAGGAAAUACGUGUUAAACCUGAAGUGGAGGGCUAUUUAACCCGAUUUGGCAUAGUUGGAGGUAGAAAACGUAAAGCCUAUAAGAAAUCAGAGGCCUCUUCCACACAAAAUAGUUUGGAGCCUUUAACGCAAGAAAGUGAAAUAGCUACUGCUAAAGUACCCUCCAGUCACGUUAAAGCCAAGAAAGGAGCUCCUAGUUUAGGUAACCCGGAGUUGGAGAAAUUAUUGGAAAACCUUAAAGAACUAGAAAGACUCAAUGUAAAUCCAGCUGCCAUGGCCACCACUCCGAAGCCAACAACCACCAGUACUACUACCACAACAACAACGACUACCACUACUGCGGCACCACCCACCACUUCUUCAGCAUCUUUAAUAACUAAUGGUGAGCCCAUGCUAGUAGAGCCUAAAAAGCCUAGAAGACGAAUAGACCCCAAUAUUGAUAUCAAUUUCGCCAAUCUAGGUAACCACCAAACUGAGUCACCACAAGCCGAUGAACUUUCCAAGCUAUUGGAAAACUUACAAGAACUGGAAAAAUUGAAAAUUAAUCCCGAAAAAGCUUUGAAAACCACAGUUUCCUCAAAUAAAGGAGUAAAUACAGCUGCCUCCAGAAAUGUGGCCGUAGAAACGCCAGCACCUUUAACAGCUUCCGUGCUUACCAAUCGUUUUAAUGCCAUGCAAGCGUUGACGCCCCAACAGCAAUUGUUAUUAUUCCAGCAGCAGGCCCAGUCAGGUUCUACUACUCCCGAUUUGGAACAAUUGCAAAAGGUUUUACAGCAAUUACAGGUUUAUGAAAGAAAUAAUGCCAAAACAACUACUUCAACUUCUACCACCACCAAAAGACCACUCAAUGUACAGGGACAACUAGGACCUACCGAUUUUUGGCAGUUAAGAAAACUUUUAACCGAUGACAGCGAAUUGGAGAAACUGUUCGAACAAGCCAAGGCCAGACAACAGCAACAAACAGCGAAGGCCAAACCUACUACAACCAGCACUACAACUACCACCUCCACGACCACCACUAGUACUACGAAAAAACCCACCACUUCUGUCAACGAUUUAAUACAAUUACAAAGAUAUCUUGCGGAAUUGGAAAAGGCCACCUCUAGAGCCACUACUACACCUAGCCCAACCACAACUUCAACUACCACUACAACAACCACAACAACUACUGCAACUCCUAAACCUCCAGUAAUACCACAAUAUUCCAGUUUUGAUUACGAAACUAGACCUAAGAAGCUAACUACGGAAAAUAGUGAAUUACAGGCACUCCUAAAUCGUGUUCAACAAUUGGAACGUUUGAAUUCCCAACAGAAGGAACUAGAGAAACCAAAACCUACUGAAACUCCCUUGUCUCCUUAUAUGGGCUUCACCACACGCAAUGUUAAGGCUACAACCGAAAAACAACCCGAUUAUCGUUUACCCAUAAAUGAUUUUGCCAAUUUAAGAACAUUAUACAAACAAGUGGAAGAUGUUGAAAAGUUAACACACAGUGACAUAGAAAUAUCCACCAAAGCCACUGCUGUAAAGGCCUAUCAAGAGCAACAAUUGGAAACCGCCACACGCAAGGCUCAAAACUUUGCUCAGCGUAUUAUAGACAUUACCAAUGAUACCGGUUCUGGCAGCAGUUUGCAGGAGGUUGAUCCUAACGAUUUUGUUCAAUUGCAAAAAUUAUUGAGUAAGGUACAGGAACUAGAGAGAGUACGAAUUAAUGUGCCCACUGCUAAUCCCAAAAAUAGUUAUAAUCAUGAAACAACCAAGGCGCCAAAUCUAGAUACAGCCGCCUCACAAAGAACCCAAAAUGUGCAAAAUAUCAAUGGAGCCCAUAUCGUUUAUCCCACUAAGGUUAAUAACUACCAAGAAGUGGAGGAUAUAUUAAUGAAAAAUUCCCAAACUGAGGAUUUAAAUUUGGAUUUGCCAGCUUAUAAAAAGACCACAGAGAAACCUAUUACCAGUAAUAGUAAAACUAAAGAUGUAACUUCUUCGGAAGAAUUAAAGGAUUUAGUUUAUCCAGAAUCUUCAGGAGCUGGAGAGGCAUAUAGAAAUCUGCAACCUCCCAUGAUAUACAAAACUGUCACUAAAGAACCACCCAGAUUUGUGGCCACCAAGAGUCCCAAAGAAGUCAAACAGACAGUUAAGUCCAAUGGUGAUUUAGAGGAAAUACAAAAAUUGCUAAAUAAUGCCCAGGAAUUGAAAAAACUUGGAGUGUCUCUGCCCAAAGAAUUAACACAACAAUUAGAAACAAAAUUCACUCAAAAUGAUAAUGGUUAUACUGGCUUUAAGAAAUUCCCUCCUCCAGCAGAAACAACAAAAUCGAACAAGAAAGAAGCGGCUGGUUUAGAGGAAUAUCUGCAAAGAUUUGGUUUGUCGAAUAAUGAAAAUAAACCAAAUAUAGCAACCCAAACGGAGAGCAGCGUGGUGUUUACACCCACCACCGCCUCCUCGGAAGAAGAGGAACUAAGUGAAAGAACAGCGGUUUUCUCUUUGACCACCAUGAAGUCCUUAACACCCAGACCACCCAAAACUACCACAGAAAGCUCAGUGGAAUUGCCGGUUUUUAGUGCCACCAAGAUCAUAGAGGCAGCCAUUAAAAGAGCAGCCAAUAGAAUAGGAGUUUCUACUGAGGGUCCAAAAGGUUUUCGCCGCCGAGAAGAUGUUAAUGUACAGGAAACUAAGGAGGACAUGAUGCUGGGUGUGGACUCAGACUCCGAUUUAAUGACAGAUUUUAGUGAGUUUAACUAUCAAUUGGCUUUGCCCGAUGAUAAGCCCUUAACACAGUCUGAAAACAGGGAUUUACAAGGCGCCUACAGUGAAGUAAAUGCACAAGUAGCCUUGCCAGAAACAAAGGGAACACCAGAGCCCGCUUUGCCAGACUUAACGGCCAAUGUAGAUGAAUUGCAAAGACUUAUUAAAAAUCUACAAGAAUUAAAAAAUCUCAACCUAAGUCCCAAUGAUAAGGCUUUACUAAGACAAGCAGAUCUUAAAUAUUUGGAAAAUUUAAAGAAACAACAAACAGCAGCUGAUGAUACAAUCAAAACUAGAAGACAAAGUGCCAAUCCUACAGAGGGCACUACCUCAAAUACAGAAAGCAGCACUACCACCAGCACAACCACUGAAUCCGCUAGAAUUCAAUUAAAUUUGAAUUUAGAUGACAGUGAUACAAAUAAUAGUGAAACAGCUACAACCACUGCUGCCACUACCUCCACCACUGAAGAGUCACGCAAUGGUUCCUUGGCCGAUUUGGAAGAUUCCUUUGGUCCAAAUCCCAUAACUGAAGCACCACCACCACCAAAAAAGAAAAAUGGUUUCUAUUUCUUGGCCGAUUGGAAUUCCUUCCUUGAGGUGGGUGAUGGUGAUGAUCAAGUGGUAGUACGUUUAAGUCCGAAAAUAGGUGAUCCUAGACUAUUUUUACCUGUCAAAAUACCUUAGACUUUAGACAACUAACUAAGUAACUUAACUAAUUGAUAAGCACUUGUAAAUAUUUGAGCAAAUUUUUCUUCUUUAAGUUAAUUUAAGCGGUUGUCCUUUGCUAAACGAAGAAAAUUUUUUCGUCUAAGGUCUACUGCCUGGAAAUCUAGUGGAAUUUUAUUUUUUGUUGUUGCAAUUAUUAGUUCGAUAAUUAUACUAUUUAUUAUUAAAAAACAAACUAAAAAAAUAUAAAACGAAUUUUACUAUAAUAAUGCUUUGAUACAGUAACAAAAACAAAUGUAUUGAAUCGGGCCUUGUUUUCAAAUAAUUCAAAUCUGGACUCAACAUAUAAAAAAAUAAGUAUGGAGUUAACUAAAUAAAAGUCAAACACAAAAUUAGUUUUUAAGUUUAAUGAACGAAGUGAAAUAAA